AUGACCAAUUGCCUGAGUUUCCGAAAUGGCAGAGGACUGGCCCUGCUGUGCGCGCUCCUGGGGACGCUGUGCGAAACAGGAUCCGGUCAGAUCCGCUACUCGGUGUCUGAGGAGCUAGAUAAAGGUUCCUUCGUGGGCAACAUCGCUAACGACCUGGGGCUAGAGCCCCGGGAGCUGGCGGAGCGCGGAGUCCGCAUCGUCUCCAGAGGUAGGACGCAGCUUUUCUCUCUGAAUCCGCAAAGCGGCAGCUUGGUCACCGCGGAGAGGAUAGACCGGGAGGAGCUCUGCGCUCAGAUCCCGCUGUGUCUGGUAAAAUUUAACAUUCUGGUUGAGGAUAAAUUGAAAAUUUUUGAAGUAGAAAUAGAAAUUAAAGAUAUUAAUGAUAAUGCUCCUAAUUUCCCAACAGAGGAAUUGGAAAUAAAAAUUGGUGAACUAACGGUUCCUGGAACCCGAUUUCCACUUAAAACUGCUUUUGACCCAGAUGUAGGCAUUAACUCCCUGCAGAACUACAAGCUUAGCCCCAAUGACUACUUCUCCCUGGCUGUGAAUAGCGUCUCUGAGGGGGCCAAGUAUCCAGAGCUGGUGCUGGAGCGGGCCCUGGACCGUGAGAAAAGAGAAAUUCACCAGCUUGUCCUGGUUGCCUCUGAUGGUGGCGACCCUGUCCACUCUGGCAACUUGCACAUCCAAGUGAUAGUCCUGGAUGCAAAUGACAACCCACCAAUGUUUACUCAGCCUGAGUACCGUGUGAGUGUUUGGGAGAACGUUCCUGUGGGUACCCGGCUGCUCACGGUGAAUGCCACUGACCCUGAUGAGGGAUUCAACGCUCAAGUGUCUUAUAUUCUAGAUAAAAUGCCUGGGAAAAUCGCUGAGAUUUUCCAUCUUAACUCAGUGAGUGGAGAAGUAUCAAUAUUAAAAAGUCUAGAUUAUGAGGAUGCCAUGUUCUAUGAAAUUAAAAUUGAAGCACAGGAUGGACCAGGUCUUCUUUCAAGAGCCAAGAUUCUAGUCACGGUUCUGGAUGUGAAUGACAAUGCUCCAGAAAUUACAAUCACGUCUCUCACAAGCUCAGUCCCAGAAGAGGGCACCGUUGGAAGAGAAAUUGCUCUUAUCGACGUGCAUGACCGAGAUUCUGGGCAGAAUGGGCAGGUUGAAGUUUUUGUCCUGGGAAAUCUGCCAUUUAAGUUAGAAAAAUCAGUAGAUCAAUAUUACCGCUUAGUGACGGCCACAUCCCUGGACCGCGAACAAAUAUCAGAAUAUAACAUUAGUCUGAGAGCCUCAGAUGGGGGAAGCCCGCCACUGUCCACAGAAACUCACAUCACCCUGCAUGUGAUUGACAUCAAUGACAACCCACCCACCUUCCCUCAUUUAUCCUACUCCGCCUACAUUCCAGAAAACAACCCCAGAGGAGCCUCCAUCUUCUCAGUGACAGCCCAGGACCCAGAUAGCAACAACAACGCCCGCAUCACUUAUGCAUUGACCGAGGACACUCUCCAGGGGGCGCCCCUGUCCUCCUUCGUCUCUAUCAACUCCAACACUGGCGUCCUAUACGCGCUGCGAUCCUUCGACUACGAGCAAUUUAGAGACUUGAAGCUACUGGUGACAGCCAGCGACAGCGGGAACCCUCCACUCAGCAGCAACGUGUCGCUGAACCUGUUCGUGCUGGACCAGAAUGACAACGCGCCCGAGAUCCUGUACCCCGCCCUCCCCACAGACGGUUCCACUGGCGUGGAGCUGGCGCCCCGCUCCGCAGAGCCCGGCUACCUGGUGACCAAGGUGGUGGCGGUGGACAGAGACUCGGGCCAGAACGCCUGGCUGUCCUACCGCCUGCUCAAGGCCAGCGAGCCGGGACUCUUCUCGGUGGGUCUGCACACGGGCGAGGUGCGCACGGCGCGAGCCCUGCUGGACAGAGACGCGCUCAAGCAGAGCCUAGUGGUGGCCGUCCAGGACCACGGCCAGCCCCCUCUCUCCGCCACUGUCACGCUCACCGUGGCCGUGGCCGACAGGAUCCCCGACAUCCUGGCCGACCUGGGCAGCCUCGAGCCCUCCGCCAAGCCCAACGAUUCGGACCUCACUCUGUACCUGGUGGUGGCGGUGGCCGCGGUCUCCUGCGUCUUCCUGGCCUUGGUCAUCGUGUUGCUGGCGCACAGGCUGCGGCGCUGGCACAAGUCACGCCUGCUGCAGGCUUCGGGAGGCGGCUUGGCGAGUACGCCCGGCUCGCACUUUGUGGGCGUGGACGGGGUUCGGGCUUUCCUGCAGACCUAUUCCCACGAGGUCUCCCUCACUGCGGACUCGCGGAAGAGCCACCUGAUUUUCCCCCAGCCCAACUAUGCGGACACGCUCAUCAGCCAGGAGAGCUGUGAGAAAAGCGAGCCUCUUCUGAUAACUCAGGAUUUACUUGAAAUGAAAGGAGAUUCCAACCUACUUCAGCAAGCCCCGCCCAACACGGACUGGCGUUUCUCUCAGGCCCAGAGACCCGGCACCAGCGGCUCCCAAAAUGGCGAUGACACCGGCACCUGGCCCAACAACCAGUUUGACACAGAGAUGCUGCAAGCCAUGAUCUUGGCCUCCGCCAGUGAAGCUGCUGAUGGGAGCUCCACCCUGGGAGGGGGUGCCGGCACCAUGGGAUUGAGCGCCCGCUACGGACCCCAGUUCACCCUGCAGCACGUGCCCGACUACCGCCAGAAUGUCUACAUCCCAGGCAGCAAUGCCACACUGACCAACGCAGCUGGCAAGCGGGAUGGCAAGGCCCCAGCAGGUGGCAAUGGCAACAAGAAGAAGUCGGGCAAGAAGGAGAAGAAGUAAAAUGGAGGCCAGGCCAAGAGCCACAGGGCGGCCUCCCCCCAACCAGCCCAGCUUCUCCUUACCUGUACCCAGGCCUCAGAGUUUCAGGGCUAACCCCCAGAAUACUGGUAGGGGCCAAGGCCAUGCUCCCCUUGGGAAACAGAAACAAGUGCCCAGUCAACACCUACCCCCUUCCCCCCCAGGGGGUUGAAUAUGCAAAAGGAGUUCUGCUGGGAACCCCCAUCCAAUCAAUUGCUGUACCCAUGGGGGUAGUGGGGUUAGUGUAGACACCAAGAACCGUUUGCCACACCCCGUUUAGUUACAGCUGAACUCCUCCAUCUUCCAAAUCAAUCAGGCCCAUCCAUCCCAUGCCUCCCUCCUCCCCACCCCACUCCAACAGUUCCUCUUUCCUGAGUAAGGUGGUUGGGGUGUUGAAGUACCAGGUAACCUACAAGCCUCCUAGUUCUGAAAAGUUGGAAGGGCAUCAUGACCUCUUGGCCUCUCCUUUGAUUCUCAAUCUUCCCCCAAAGCAUGGUUUGGUGCCAGCCCCUUCACCUCCUUCCAGAGCCCAAGAUCAAUGCUCAAGUUUUGGAGGACAUGAUCACCAUCCCCAUGGUACUGAUGCUUGCUGGAUUUAGGGAGGGCAUUUUGCUACCAAGCCUCUUCCCAACGCCCUGGGGACCAGUCUUCUGUUUUGUUUUUCAUUGUUUGACGUUUCCACUGCAUGCCGUGACUUCCCCCACCUCCUCCUCAAACAAGAGACUCCACUGCAUGUUCCAAGACAGUAUGGGGUGGUAAGAUAAAGAAGGGAAGUGUGUGGAUGUGGAUGGUGGGGGCAUGGACAAAGCUUGACACAUCAAGUUAUCAAGGCCUUGGAGGAGGCUCUGUAUGUCCUCAGGGGACUGACAACAUCCUCCAGAUUCCAGCCAUAAACCAAUAACUAGGCUGGACCCUUCCCACUACAUAAUAGGGCUCAGCCCAGGCAGCCAGCUUUGGGCUGAGCUAACAGGACCAAUGGAUUAAACUGGCAUCUCAGUCCAAGGAAGCUCGAAGCAGGUUUAGGACCAGGUCCCCUUGAGAGGUCAGAGGGGCCUCUGUGGGUGCUGGGUACUCCAGAGGUGCCACUGGUGGAAGGGUCAGCGGAGCCCCAGCAGGAAGGGUGGGCCAGCCAGGCCAUUCUUAGUCCCUGGGUUGGGGAGGCAGGGAGCUAGGGCAGGGACCAAAUGAACAGAAAGUCUCAGCCCAGGAUGGGGCUUCUUCAACAGGGCCCCUGCCCUCCUGAAGCCUCAGUCCUUCACCUUGCCAGGUGCCGUUUCUCUUCCGUGAAGGCCACUGCCCAGGUCCCCAGUGCGCCCCCUAGUGGCCAUAGCCUGGUUAAAGUUCCCCAGUGCCUCCUUGUGCAUAGACCUUCUUCUCCCACCCCCUUCUGCCCCUGGGUCCCCGGCCAUCCAGCGGGGCUGCCAGAGAACCCCAGACCUGCCCUUACAGUAGUGUAGCGCCCCCUCCCUCUUUCGGCUGGUGUAGAAUAGCCAGUAGUGUAGUGCGGUGUGCUUUUACGUGAUGGCGGGUGGGCAGCGGGCGGCGGGCUCCGCGCAGCCGUCUGUCCUUGAUCUGCCCGCGGCGGCCCGUGUUGUGUUUUGUGCUGUGUCCACGCGCUAAGGCGACCCCCUCCCCCGUACUGACUUCUCCUAUAAGCGCUUCUCUUCGCAUAGUCACGUAGCUCCCACCCCACCCUCUUCCUGUGUCUCACGCAAGUUUUAUACUCUAAUAUUUAUAUGGCUUUUUUUCUUCGACAAAAAAAUAAUUAAAAGUUUCUUCUGAAAAGCUG